UGAACUUCUAAAGAUCCACAAAUCAAACGAAAUAACAAUAACAAUAACAAUAAUACUACCGGAGGAUAAGACAUACAAAUGAAAAUCAUAACUAAAAUAUCAUAGUAGGACUUUAUUUACAUGUUCGUUUCUGUUUAAAUGCUUCUGUUUUGUGCUUACUGCGUUUUUCCAUAAUAUGAGCUCUUACGUAGCUAACCCCUUUCCCAAGCAAACCCACGAGGCGUCUGCCUACACCAUGCACAGUUAUGGCUAUGGAUCUGUCUCUGAGCUCCAUUCAUCCACUUAUUGUUACGAAGAGCUUGAUUUCAACGGAUCCUGUACUUCUUCGGCCUCUUCGAAUUCCCUCAAACGGGGGGAGAUGAGCACAAGCCUGCGCGAUAGUCCCGACGCUCCACCACCGCGACUGCAGUCUUGUUCAGCUGCGGGCUCAACGAGAGGCUCCGUAAACGAAAGCGGUCAAGGCACUCUAAAUAUUGGGCUGUACUGUCGAAAAGCCGAGGGCGACAACACGGAGCAGAGCGAAAUGCCCAUAGGCAAGGCAAGAACAGGCGAGAUGAAAGUUGGAACCAUGCAACCCGUCCAGCCAGUAAGACAACCAAAUAAUUCGGCUCAGCCACAGACCAACCACCAACAGCCACAGAUAUAUCCAUGGAUGACAAAGCUACAUAUGAGUCACGAACCCGACGGAAAACGGUCACGGACCAGUUACACCCGCUACCAGACUCUGGAGCUGGAGAAAGAGUUCCAUUUCAACCGGUACCUCACACGUCGCAGGCGUAUCGAGAUCGCCAAUAGCCUUUGCUUGAACGAGAGGCAAAUCAAAAUCUGGUUCCAGAACCGGCGUAUGAAGUGGAAGAAGGAUUCAAAGCUCAAAGUAAAGGAGACGAUACAAAAUGGCAAUGGGAUCACACGUUCUUCUCAAAAUUAAUUACUGGUAUUAUAAGCGCGGGCAAAGAAAGUAUCUGCGGACGAAUAAAACACGCAGGGAUAAAAAAAAAAAAAAAAAAACACUUGUACGCACCAAGCUUCUGUUUCCCAGCAGUGCAUUUUUUUGCAUUUGAUAUGUUUCGAUAUGUUGUGCAAUGUGAAAAUAUAUCAGAGUAUGAUUCAAUAUACACGUCUUCAUUGUUUAAAUGUUGUGCCUUUUAUGUUGUGUCUCGAUCAAUGAUUAUGCCCCCUCCCCUUCCGCGUGAGAACAAGAACGCCUGAGGAAGAAUUUUGAAUGUGCACUCGUUCUGCACUGUGUCCGCUGGAUGACCUUUCUGAGUCCAUGUUUUGGACAUGGUGUGACCUGGCCCUGACCCUAUAAUCAUGUAUUGGGCUUGAGCCCUUGUCCUUACUGACUGCAGCAGUUAUUAAUGGCAGUAUUUGUAAUGUUAGUAUACUAGUAGUAGUAGUAGUAGUAGUAGUAGUAGUAGUAGUCCAUAUUGUUGUAGAAUUCAAGCAUCUCUUAAGAGUCUGAAUUUGAACCAUCCUAAUUUACACAUUUAAUUAAGUGUUCAUUUUUGUCACACAGCAAAACGGGACAUGUUGCGGAUGUGAAAAAUAAUAAGUUUUAACUUUCCCACUGAAUACAGUGUAAAACUUUAAAUCUUGGUGUAAUACAUUAAAUGAAGAAUAAAUAUGCUGCAAUUGCAUUAAGUAGGCUGCAUCAAUCAAGGAAACAAAAUGUAACUCCUCCCCCCCUCCAAAAAUAAAAUAUAUAGUCUAUAUUAGUCUAUGAAAUGAGGUUUGUAUGAGCACAAAUAUUGAACUCUGAGUGCCCAAAACUGAGCUGUAUAGUCAUGUCUAUGACUUUUAUUUAUUUUAGUUUUUCAACAUUGGUUUUCAGGCUUAAAUGCAGCCUUAAUGUAAAAAAGUUUAACACAUUCAUUCAGACCCUGUCCUGAUUUUAGUCUAACGUGUUGACCCCACUGAUAUAAACAAAAUGUUGUAAAUAUUGUUUGCCCUUCAAUUAAAUUAAAUCUCAGAGUCUGAUUGCACUAACAUAUUUUGGGAGAAUGGGAGUUAUUGUUUUGCAUUUUGUCAGGAGUGUUUGAGUUGAGUUUUGAGGUUGAAGUUAGGCAUUGAUUUAUUCUCAUAAAUUGUACACUUUAUCUAGCCUAGGCAUAUGUACCACAUUUUAGUAAACCAUUUACAGUAUGUGUGUCACUGAAACAGUGAAAUGUUAAUACAAUGGAUAACAGCUAACUGAAACAUUUUAGGCAAGUAUAAUUAACUGAUAAAUUGGAGAGUGUUAGCCAUGUUCACAUCAACAUUCAUAACCAGUGGGGGUACUGCUUGUGAAAAACAAAAGCAUGCUGGAAGGACUAAAAUGGUUAAAAUGUGUAUAUGUGUGGAAUAUAUAAUAAAAUAUACACAAUAUAUUCUUGC